UGUUUGGUUUCCGCGCUGAGCCAACAUGGAGAAACAGGCAGCGACCCUAAAGCAGCGGAGCCGCAGCGCGAGGAAGGCAUGGAGGAGCCGGACAGGUCCAUGUCCCGGUCCGACAGCGGCAGUGGAGACGAUUCCCUCGACGGUCUCCCGAAACACGUCCCGCGCUGCCCUUUGACCCCGUCCUUAUCGCCGCGGAAACGGACCACGAGCCAAUCGAAGACGGAGCCGCCGCUGCUGAGGACGGACAAAAGGACGAUCUACACCGCCGGCAGACCGCCGUGGUACAACGUCACCGGGACAACGUUCAAAGAGGCCUUCGUCAUCG